AUGUCGUUUCCUCGCGCAUGGUUUGAGGCAAUUGCGGUGCUGGAUGUAGAUACCGUUCAACGGAUGCUGCCACAAUGCGCUAAAAUGGUUGACGAUCACGGUGAGACAGGCCUGAUGAAAGCUGUACGUCUCAGAUACCCCGUUCUAAUCAAAUUACUGGCACCGUACGAGGCGGGCAUGACGAAUAAUAGGGGGCAGACUGCACUGAUGCUUGCUGCGCACUUUAACUAUGCAGAAGGCUGCAAGAUGCUCCUUUCGGAUGAAGGCAAUAUCCAUCUUUCAAGUAAGCGGUGCUGCCUGAUUGUUGCUGCUGUUGCAAAUGCAGGAGACGCUGUGCGUGCGAUUCUACCUCUGCAUCGCUACACAGCAGAUUCUCUGGGGGCCACUGCUCUUGUCUAUGCGGCUGAGCGUGGGCACCUGAACAUAGUACGGAUUCUCUUGGAGGAGGGGGACACAGCCUCACCCGCCCCUGAUGCCCUCAGAUCCCUUAUUGUGGCUGUUCUCUGUGAACGGAAGGAGACAGCAUUGUAUUUAUCACGUUAUAUGGCCAAUUUCAUCACAACCGCCCAGCCAGCACUGGAGGGUCUAUCCUCUCCCCUAUCUGCACCUUGUGUCACUAACCCUAUAGAAGCUGCACAUGACCAAAUAAAUAUGACACGGGGACAAUGCCUCAGUGGAUCUGAACCGCAUAGCAACCAGUUGCUCUUUGGCAAUGGAAGCAAGUUAGGUGACUCUCCACAAGUGCUGUCUCCCAUACCUGCAUCUCCACAGUUGGUGCCAUACGUGUCUCAAUUAGCUACACAACACCCUACUUUCAACUCUAAGGCACCACAGGCCAUAAGGCCAGAGGUACCCAAUACCUCUAUUCGCGGUCAAUCAACGACCACUCGGAGAGCACCAGAUAUAUCUCUUCUGCCCAAAGCCCUGGACAGCGUUGCGGUUUUAACUUCCUCAUAUGUUCAUCCUGUCUCCCGGGACGUAAGGAUAACAGGACCAGUUCGAGCAUCUUCUACGCGCUCCCGUCCUAUUCCACGUGCCAUUGAAGAGUAUGAGUCGCCAUCAUCAUCUAUGCUUGCUGCUGAUACGCGGCGAGCAGCCGAUCUCUCUAGACUCUCACCAUCUACACUCAAUAAUAGAUCUCUAGCUUAUAAUAAGCAGGACACCAGAUUGACAUUUUCUUUACCUGCUAGACAUCAACAAGAGCCCGGGCUCAAUCCAUCGAUUAACUCUCUGCACCUCAACUGUCUUCCUGGCCUCACAGCUCUGAUGACAGCGGUCAUAACCGGCCAGAACCAGCUGAUUCCUCACCUUGCCCAAACUGACGCGGGCUCUAAAACUAUUGAUGGUUGGACAGCGCUCAUGUUUGCGGUUCUUUAUAACAAACUGGAGUCACUACCAACCCUUGCAGCGACUGAGGCAGGGCUGCAGAACAACGCUGGGGAAACAGCAUUGAUGAUAGCGGCUGUACACAAUAGAACGUCUGCUAUUAUUGACCUUAUGCAUAAGGAGUCCAGAAUACAGGACAGAACUGGGAAAACUGCUUUGAUACACGCCGUUGAAAGAGGGAAUUAUGAGGCUGCGCGGAUGCUUUCGGACAACGAGCACUCCAUGGUUGACUUCUCAGGCCACACAGCAUUUCUGUAUGCAUGCAAUAAUGGAUAUGAAAAGAUAGCGCAAUUAUUAGUGGGUUUGGAAGGCAAUAAGGUUGAUCCAACAGGACAGACGGGGCUUAUGAUCGCUGCCGAGAAAAAUCAUGUAGAGAUACUCAAGCUGCUCGUCCCCGUCCAAACGCGGCGGAAAAGCAAUGCUGGAAUCACGGCUCUGAUGCUUGCAGGAUACCAUGGUCACAUGGAAUCUGUAUCUAUAUUGCUAAGUGCAGAAGCACAAGAGGUUAAUGAGAAUGGAGCAACAGCUUUAAUGAUUGCCGCCAUGGCUGGUAACGUGGAUGUCUGUAGAGUGUUGCUAGCGCCAGAGCAUGGUCUUCAGAACCUUCUAGGACAAACAGCCCUCAUGCUGGCAGCGGCAAAAAACCACCAGCAACUUGUUAACUUCCUGAUUCCUUAUGAAUCCACGGUUCAAGACUGUGAAGGUAGAACAGCACUUAUGUACGCUGCAGAGAGUCAGUGCACUGGUGCGGUGGAGGCCUUGCUGCCUUGUGAGCACGGCUUCAGAGACAACAACGGAUGCACUGCGAUGAUGUAUGCAGCGAGGGCGGGUUCCCUGCCCAUUGUCAUGCUUCUAGCCCGAUACGAACAGCGAUUGGUGGAUACUGGAGGGCACUGUGCAUUAAUUUACUCGCUAAAGGCCCGCUGGCCCAUGAUCACUGAGUACCUACAACCACUAGAGGGAGACCUUGUCAAUCAAACAUAUACAUGA